UCCCAAACAGUUACACGCAGGAGCCAAAGCGACGCCGGAUACAAGACAGGCACCAAGCGGCAUCGAACGAACAAAGCGCAACUUUUCGUCCCGGUUAAACCUGGACUUUAACUGAGAAUGUCUUUGGGUGACCAGCAGUGGUAUCCCACCAGCGUGCAGGUAACAGUGCUCAAAGCGCGAAACCUGCGGAUCAAGGGCAAAAAUGGAACGAACGACGCAUAUGCCAUCAUGCAGGUGGGCAAGGACAAGUUUUCCACGUCCGUAGAGGAGAAAUGCGUAUCGCCCGAAUGGAAGGAAGAGGCGACGUUCGAUCUGCCGCUCUUCCAUCAGGGGAACGCGGAGCGAUGCACGCUUUACAUCAUCGCGAUGCACCGAGCCCUGGUGGGACUGGACAAGUUUUUGGGACAGGCUGUCAUCAACUUAGUGGACCUCCACGCCAACAGAGCACGCAAAAAGACCGAUUGGUACAAGCUGGUGGAUAAGAAUGGGAAACAAGAGAAGGACCGAGGGGAAGUUCAAUUGGACAUUCAGUUCAUGAGGAACAACCUGUCGGCCAGCAUGUUUGACCUCUCCAUGACAGACAAACCUCGCUCUGGCAUCUCCAAGCUCAAGGAUAAAAUUCGUGGUAAGAAGAAAGACGGCCUGUCAGAUUCUGUCUCUGCGAUCGUGCCCUCCUCAGUGGGAACCGACAGUGAAGGAGAAGGAGAGGGUGCUUCAGACACUCUUAAGAAGAAAUCGAAACUGAAAUCCUUUUUUGGACCAAAGACAAAUCUCCAAAGGAAUGUGUCCCAGUCCAUGUCAACCUUGGGCACCCUGCCUGAGAAGAACAGUUCACUCAGCAGCAGCAGAUCGUCCGGCCUUAAUGUGGACUCUCCUGAUGUGAAAAAGAGGUUUAAAAUUCUGGGACACAAGCGCACUGACAGUUCAGAUAGCAAAGCGUCUCUCGGCCCCUUUUCUCUUCUGAGCCGCUCUAAACAAAACAUCCCGGAGCAGAAUAACCUGUGUAUCAAUGGCAACCAUGUUUAUGCUGAGGAACAAGAACCGAAAGCUGCUUUUGGCUCCACACUCAGUCUGAACAGCUCAGGAAAGGGUUCAGUAGAGGAUGUUCGCAAACACCAUCAAAGAAAUGCUUCCGACAUGUCCAUCGACUCAAUUAAAGGCCUGAGCAUCCCCUCAUACAAGUCUGAAGUGCUAGACAAGACUCCUCUUGCCUCACAGAGCCCUCUAGAGGACAGGAGCCUCAGUCAAGUAGAGGCGGUGGAGAAGGGUAGCAAACCCGGCGGAAGAAGCCUUCAAGAGAUGCUGGACCGACAGGAAGAAAAGGAGUCGAGGAAGCAGCAAGAACUAGAGAGAAAACAAGAGGAAGAGAGGAAAACUAGACUUGAAGAGCAGGAGAAGAAGCGCAAGGAAGAGGAAGAGCUGCAGAAGAAGGCCAGGGAGGAGGAGACGCGGCGGUCCGAGGAGUCGCGGCAACACGAGGAGUCCAGAGUAAGCGAACGCCUUUCCUCUCUCUUUGGCAUCGGAAGGAAGAAGGAGGAGAAGAGAGAGGAAGCAACGAAUGAACCCAAACGUCUGGAUGCGCCCUCCACCAUAAACUCGUUUGAAGACAUUCCCCUCACCCCGGAUAACCCCGCCUCUUUCCCAGAAGAGAGAUCCACGGACCCGCGGAAGGGCGCUAGGACCACCCCAACGCCAACAGCCAUUGCUCUCCCAAGUCGCACAGCGAAAGUGUCUGCCGUCAAGCCAAGAUUGGCUCUGAGUGUACUGCCUGAAACCGAUAAUAGCCAUUCCCAAUCCCCUUCAGAAUCUGUAGACACCCCGAGCACCGUCCACGCUUCUCCACUUUCCCCAUCCCUCGCUACCGAUUCAUUUGAGUCUUUAGGCAUGUUUUCUGAUCUACAUUCAUCUUUGGCACCUCCUAAACCUCAGAGGACUUUCACUGAGUCAAGUGAGUCCAUGGAAAACCUCUCCGCUCCCAAAUCUGACAAGAAGCGAAAGGCUCCUCUACCCCCUGGUAAUCAUGGGGGCUCGUCCAAGACUGAAAGCCAUCCUGAUAAUGGGGGGCAAGUGCAUACCCAGAAAGCCAAAGAUAGACCGGCUCUUCCUCUUCCAGACUAUGAAACCCUCUUUCCCAAGAAGAGGCAUGGGGUGAUGAGUCAGACACGUUGGGACCAUAUUAUUGCAGAGGUAAACCAGAGGAACUGGGAUUUCUCAGAAGAGAUUAAUGUAGAUGGACCAGAGAAGCCAGAGAAGACCAAUAAGUAUGCGGUCUUAAAGGACAGAACCUCAGCAAACCUUAACCAGCACCAAAGGAAUAAUGAUGUACCUCCCCCUACUCCUGCUAGGCACAAAGAAGCACUCAUUCCACCCAAAGUUCCUGCAACACCAGAACCAUCAGUUGAGCCUAAUGUCCAACAUGGUCCUAUCAGAGAGCCUUUAUAUGGUAUCGUCAAUAAGCCUAAAAACUCCAAUCACGUUGAAAAUAAGUCACUUCCCGUUGUCCACAGUCGACAUAUACCUCAGGAGAUGGAAAGGAAGACUCAGACUCCUGAUGCCAUUAACCAUCAACUCUCCCAGCCAAAAGAGAAGCCUACGCCAGCUGCCAGAGCCAUUCAAAAUGUUAAUUCAAAGACUGAUGAUGUGGCUAAAGAGGUGCCUUCAGUCAAACCCAGACAACAGUCAUUAGUUAAGGACCCAGUCAGACCAGUCCAACCAGACAAGCAAGUAACAGCUCAACCCAUAAUGUUAGAAAACAAAGUUGAGAAUCCACACAAGGGCCAGAAGGAAAACAUUUCUACAGAUGUUUUUAUUGAAACUGCUGAAAUUCCAGAAGAACAACCUGUGGGGAAUCUGACUAGUGAACCUGAGGGGAAGGGAAUGAUUGCUUAUGACCCAUUUCCAAGUGAUACCUUAACAUCUAAAGAUCCCUGGGCUUUACCACAGCAGACCACAAAUGUAGACAGCCUGUUCACAAGGGGCGCAAAGAAAAUGGGAAAUCCUGAAGAUCAGGCAUCAACCAUUGAUAAAAAAGAUAACAAAUUUGCAAACAAAAGAACAAGUGAUCUAUUCACAAAUCUUUCUGAAAACGGCACAGCACCAAAAUUAGAACGGGAAAAAACAUCACCCAGCUUCACUGAACAAGCCAGAGCGUCAUUUCAUAGAAAUUUUUCACUUAGAAAGAAACAUUCAUCUCGCCCGAUCACACCUACUGGGAAAGCUAAUACAGAGAAUAGUAGUCUGGCUAGAUCCGUUUCUCAGUCUUCUCAAGAUGCUGAAGACGUCGAGCUGACUGUAACUAGUUUUGCUCCAGCAAGCAGAACAGAACCUAACCUAGUAACAUCUGAAUCUCCUAUUGGGAGCAGGACUACACUCCGUGCUUGCGUCUCUCCAUCUGAGGCUCGUCCAGUUAGUAGUGGAAGCGCUGUUUCUAAUUCAAGAAGGCCUCACCCAGUGAAACCCAUGAACGCCACAGAGAGCCAGUCUUCCAGUGUUCUCGCAGUGGGGAAAGACCCAAAGUCUAUCACCAUCAAGGAAAUGGCUGAGAAGUCAAAGAUUGGAGAGAGCGGUCCGUUCACCCAGCUCACACAGGAGGAACUGAUCACAUUGGUGGUAAAGCAACAGGCUGAACUCUCCAGAAAAGAUACCAGGAUCGUGGAGUUAGAGGAAUACAUUGAUAACCUGCUAGUUCGCGUCAUGGAGGAACAACCGGCCAUCCUGCUUUCGCUUCAUUCCAAGUGUUAGGGUUUGAUCAGAACAUUUGCCCUGAUCAUAACACUCAGACACUUUAAUAUUGUGGGAUUUGCCUGGUAUGCACAGAAGGAUUUUGGAUUUCAGGCAGAAAGUAAUAUCACAACUCAUAAUCAGUUUAUUUGCUUGAAUAUUUAAUGCACCACUUCACAUUCUGAUUUCACCAACACUAUCUUACAAAUAACUUCUUUUUACUAUGUGGAUGUUUUAUCGUAUAUCAGGUCCAACUAUUCCAGAAUUCUGCAGUUUGUAUUGUUUGGUGUUUUUUUUUUUUUUUUUUUUUUUUUUUUCUGAUUGGAUCAAGGUACGAUCUCCCUCCAAAAAGCUUCCCAACAACAAACACGUCCUAUUUAUUGUGCACCUCAUUGUCUUUCUGUGCACCUUUCCGUUUGGGCAAAGAGAGGACUUCUUAAUGCAUUAUAUAUUAAAGUCUUAAGUUUUUAUUUGAAUAUUUUCCUUCUCUGAAGUGCUUUGUUUCGAUCUUGACUACUGCGUUCAUUAAUUCCUUCCUUCAACGCUUUAUUGCUGUUGAUGCGGCCUUACGUCUGUUGUGUCUCAAAUCAAUCAAAGACAUUUACACUAUACGCACUUUUUACCUGAACAGGGUGUUUCAUUUAUGAAGGAUAGUGUUUUUUUAUAUUUAGUAGUUAUCUGAAAUACCCUAUAGAAUUACCUCUGUAGAAAUGCCUUAAUAAAGAAAUAUUUUUCUGUAUGUAUACUUCUGCUUAUGAAAGGCCUUUGUACCAACACUGGAUAUAUAUAGUUAAUUUUUAGUUCACUGGUCAAUAUUGACUACAUAUUUGUUCUUUUUUUAUCAUAAACUAAAGUUUUUCAUCUGAAUUGGCUGUUAGAUUAAUCAAUCUGAUUGUUUUAUGCUACAUGUUUGUUUUUAUAUUAUAGUCGACCAGAUGUUGACCAGGCAUUCUUUACAAAGCUUGAGAUCGAUCUGUUGAGCACAUGUACAUACUUGUGACAAACUGCGAUUGAUAAUAAUAAUGAACAAGCAAUAACAGUUUGCAGAAUUGUUUCCUGAAUUUCAGGUAAUCUGAUACUUUCCUCAAACCAGGACCUUUGCCUGUUGACAUUACAAAAGUGUUGAAAGAUUUUCUGUUGUGAAACCAAAGAUCUUUGAUUUAAACUUACCGUAUGGUACCGGUUCCAAGCUCUUCAAUACAUGUGCUAUUUUUAUUAUUAAUAUUAAUGUUUUUAAUCAGUGGGAAAACAUUUACUUCUUUUUAAUUUACCUUGUCCACUUGUGUAACUGAGGAAAUUUAACCAUAUGUUGUUUAUUUAUUUGUUUGCAAUUAAGGCUGAAUUUAAUUAAUAGUUUUCCUGUGUUGCAGUUAUAUAAAUUCAGUUAUAAUUCAUAAUCGAGAUCUUCUGCUGGUUCCUUCAAGUGUUGUCAAUCACUUUGAAUGAGUUCACUAAAC